AUGCCAUUCCCACCCACCCCCACAGGUGAGAGCAGCUCCCACUCUGGCAAUUGUCAUUGCGGUGCUGUGCGGUUCACCUUCACGAUAUCCCCACCCCUACACGAGUAUCCCACCAACAGCUGCAACUGCUCCAUCUGCACAAAGAACGGUUACUUGCUUGUGUACCCGUUCACCAAGGAUUUCACCAUCGAAAGAGGGGAGGACGUCUUAAAAGAUUAUCGCUUUGUCGAGGGCAAGGUGAAGCAUCAAUUUUGCAGGGAGUGCGGAAGUAGUUGCUUCAUCCGUCCUCCAGAACAUGGACCUCCACAGAUCAUUGCCGUCAAUGUCCGACUACUACAAGACGUUGAUAUUGAGAAACUGAUUCUCAACAAGGUUGAUGGAAAGUCGGUUGGAAAAGAGUACAAAAUUAGAUCAGUUCUUUGA